ACCAUGAGGCUGGUCCUGUGUUUUGUGCUGGUCAUCCUGGCUCUUUGUUGCUAUGAAGCUAAUGCUAAAGUCUGUGAAGCUGUUAUGCGUGAAAGCACGAUCUUCAUAAUGAAGAGCGAGAAAGAUCUGGAGGAGGAACUUAAGAGAUAUGAUGCACCUCCAGAGGCUGUGCAAGCUAAACUGGAAGUGAAGAAAUGUAUAGACAAGAACUUGAAUUUUUUUCACAAAAUUGGAGUAGCAGCCAUAUUGUCAAGCAGCCAUGGCUUCAAACCACGCCAGGGCAUGGGAAAAAAUGAGAAAGAAAGAAAAGAGGGUUUUAGCAAUGCCUACGGUCCUAAACUUGAUCCACAUCCUCAAGUCUGA